CGACCCCAAGGACUGCAGCCUACCAGGCUCCUCCGUCCAUGGGAUUUUCCAGGCAAGAGUACUGGAGUGGGGUGCCAUUGCCUUCUCCUUCCUUGGGCAAAAGGGGCGCUGAAAAUCUAUUCUCACGCUUCUACUUGUAGCCCUAGAUCAUACAGGUAAAUGGUACAUUCUCUUUAGUAAACUUUACAUGACCUCCAUUUUUUUAUUAAAAAAAAAAACAAAAAAAAACCUAGGGUGGACGGUUGAAAGGAUUGGACGGUUGAAGGCCGGCUGGAGCGGAGGGGCUGGGGCGGCGCGAGGCUGAGGAGGUGGGGGGCCCGAGCCCCCCUCUUUGCUGACUUCCGGGUGGAUAAGCGGCGUAGGCGGAUUGAAGGAAGAGGGGUGGAGUCUAAACAGAGUGCUUUAGCUUGUUUUUAGAAGGUGCUCCCUUUCCCCCUCCCAGAACGAUCAGUGCCCUGUGCCGUUUCCUGAUGGCCCUACGCUCGAGGUGGGGGGCAGGGAGCAGCCAGGCCUGCGACCACGCCAGCAGCCCCUCCGCGGUGUGGCCCAGGCGGACCCUGAGGCGUUGCCUGGCUGGGUCCGCAAGGCCGCAGGUCAGGGAGCCUAACUAGUCACCCACUUUGCGAAACAGGUUUAGGGGCGCUGGAGGAUUUUUUUGUUUUACUUAACCGAGACUAUGAAGAGUUUAACCGCUCUCUGAGCUCAAAGACCUACACUUUUUCAACUGGACUCGCCUAUCUCCUCAAUUUACUCUUUCUCCCCUCAGGGAUUGUAUUAUAUAUGGCUGCCACAAAAGUGUCCAACUGUGGUAAACAUUUUGGGCCUGAAUAAUUAGAAAAGUGGCCAGAACCCGAGUCAGUCACGUUGAUGGAGGCAUUAGCCAGAGAAGACAUUGAUGAAGCUGUAUAUGCAAUAUUAUUUAGAGAAAAUUGUAUUGCAAAGAGAUUGGAUGCGUAUUUUCAGCAUCUGGAUGCCUUUAAGGAAAGAAGAAAAGAGCUGUUGCAUAAAAAAUGGACUGAAAAUGUCGCAAAGCCUCUUCAGCAGAGAAUUAUGGAAAAAGUAAUUUCAUAUAAAGCGUUGGAGAAAACAAAACAAGAGAAUUUUGAAUAUUUUUUAAAGCACACAAAUAAAACGGAAAUUAUAUUUGGAGACUUUUAUGAUCCUGAAGUAUACAAUCCUUUUUAUAUGACAAAAAAGGACCCAAAUUAUGGAAAGGUUGCGGUCCCACCAUUCUGUGAUCCUCUGUUUAGAAGACAGCAAGAGAUAGAUGAAGAGCAGAGAGCUAUUUUUCAGUACACGACAGGAAAAUGAUGUACCUUAAAAGAAUUUAAAGAGCUAGAGAAGGCCAGGCAGUAUGCCAGACUGCCCCAGUUCACGUUCAGUCUCCACAGCAUGGUUUCAAAGGAGAGGCCCAAAGCCUCUGCGAGGCCUGUGGGAAGCAAAACACACAGCAAAUGCAGUCCUGAAAAGCUUGUCUGUGCAGAAGAGAUUCCACCUUAUAAGGUGAAAAUGACUAGUGACAUAAAUCAAACUGUUUUUGAAAGGCGGUUUUAUUCCUCGAAGAUCAGCCAGGAGAGUAAAAGGCAUGAGAAGAAGGGCCUGGCUUCAGGAACCGGACAGCACAGACCCCGCUCCUGGGCGGCAGGAGAAGGCCAGCAGAGGCGCAGGUCACAGCCCGUGGACAGAAGAGUGAUGACCGCAGAGGUCCUGGGGCAGCACCUGGCCGCCCUGCAGCUGGGAGACAGGUGAGGCGGAGCCGCACCCGGGCCAUUUGUAAUAAAUGGUUUCCAGUAUCUGUACAGCAGUUAAAAUGUUGUCAACAUUUUUUCUCUCCAGAAGUGGAAUAUUGCAAGGAAUAUCCAACUAAUAACAGUUACAGUUUAUCAAGCUCUGGUUGUGAAUCAGGAACUGUGUACUUUGCAUGCAUUUAAAAGUUUUCCCAGCAAGGUAGUACCGGUUACGUGAAGUUCAGAGGUUCAGUAACUCGCUCAAGGUCAGCUGCAGUUUGAAGGCGGCAGUGUUCUCUAGCCCAGGUCUAGUCCCUCAGGUGCCAAGGCACACACUCAUUCCCCAGGGCACAAACUCUCCUCGCAGCCACUCAGACUGUGUGAUGUCAGUCAGGCUGCUCAGAACCUGGGCCCCCUUUCAGAAGGCGCGGCUGUCCCGCUGUCUGCAGGGUGCCGUACCCGAAAAGCACAGGAGGGGCUCGCUGGGCACUCCUCCAGGGUGUGCCCAGCCCCCCCGGAAGUGUGGGUAAUCUCAGGGUGCGCCCUCCCUUCCUCGCCUUUCAGAAAAUCAGGCUCCUUUUUAUCAGGAGAGAACGUGACUUCUUAAGGAGCAGAGCUGUGUUUCUUGGUCAACAGGGGCGAAUGGAGUUGCUGGAAGUACUGGCAUUAACUGUUCUUCUGUAAUGUCAUAGUCGUCUGACUCACCUCCUGCAGGCUCCUGUGUCCUAAAUCUGACAAGAACAUGGCACCAGCUGCAGUUCAUCGCAAUGAUAAAGUCCCAUAGUCCCAGCUAUAGAAUUAUCCUGUAGCUGUGGUCACAGCUUUUACACCUGCCUGACCCAUCAGUGGCAGCCUUAAGAUUUGAAAGUUGGCUGGAUAUCAACCCACACCUGCCUUCUGAUCCAACACGGCUCGACUCCCAGAACCCUGUAAAGAUCAGCAGUUUGCUCUGCUCAGUGUGGCUGAGCCUGACCAGCCCAGCUUUCCCUGAAGUAAGCAACAUACUAAGUUGUCUGGGUUCAGGUACUGAGUGUCUCUUCCUUUGACACUGGGGCAUAUUUCUUUUAGCCAGUCAGUGCCCAGGGUCAAUACUGGAAUGAUGGGGUUUUUUUCACUUGAAUGUUCUGAAUUAUGUUGUCCAGUUUUUCUUUGCCCGUGAUUAUGUUUAGGCAGAAAACAGAGGCUGUGAUGGAGGCACAUCUGAAUCCUUUCUUUCUUCCAGCUUCCAGAGAAGACCUGCUCCCUGAGAAAUCAGGCAGGGCUCCUGCAGCCCUGCAUGACUCCUUCCAAAAGGCAGCUCUUUUCCCGGCUGUAGUCAGUAACCCAGGGAUUUAAUGUAUAAGGCCUUCUUUAUUAUCAAUGUUCAGGACAGAUUUUACGCUUCAGAAUCCAGAAGCCAUGUAAAUGGCUGUGGAUGUGGCUCCAACAGGACGGGGAGCAGGGGGAGAGAAUGGUGCUUUGGAGCUGGACAGGCCGAGGGGCCUGCUGAUAAUCCUUAAUACUUGUGCGUUCCCUUCACGGCUGAGUUCCCCGAGGUUUCUACUGAGCAAGGCAAGCAGAGGAGAUUAAAAGGGGACCGUGUAGCUCCCAGAGACUCAGCCGUCAAAGAAACCAAACCCUAGAAACAGUAGGUAUGUUGACUAGAGUCACAUAGCAAGUCAGUGGCAGCCAAGAUGAGGCUCUGGGGCUCCUGCCCGCUCCCUCUGCACAUUCUGUCCUGGGUGUGUCUCACAGUUGCAGAAAGGAAAUUUGGUUUCGUUACAAGCAGUCCCUGAAAUUACCUUUUAAAAAGGCCUUUCACAUAGACAGUAAAUCAGUCAGGCUUUGAAGCUACAUUCAUAAACUUAUAUUUUUAUUCUCUUUCUGUACAUAUUGGCAAUGAUAAAGCUUAAAGAUGCAUGUCCUAUGACAACGCAAAACAAGGGAUUUACAUAAAUAAUUUAUACUUCAGAAAGUUAAGGUUGAAAAAUAUUUUCCGCAUCAUUAAGAGUUCACAGUAUUUAAAGUAGAUCAAGCUUUCUCCCUUAGAUUUCAAACUAUAUUGUCUCAGCAUAGAAUGGUAACAUCUAGUCAGGAAUAAAAUGCUCAAGUUUCUGUUCCAGUCAGUGCAGUAGUGGGCAGUUUCCAUAGCAGGCUGUUCCCAAGCUGAGGCUGCAGCGUUUCUUUCCAGUCCUUCUCCUCCUGAGUGGCUGUGACCCAGCAGGGGCCACACGGUGUGGAAUGGUUACAGCGUCACCCAAACCACCCACAGUGGACACAUUCAACCAAGUGGUAACGUCUGGUGGUCUGAUGCCUCAUUUCCACAUAAUACUUUGUAUCGCCCUGAAAAUGGAAACCUUGGCAUCCAAACCCAGCCGAACAUGUUAACACUAAUACAAGGCACUGUGCUAUGGGGUUUGGUUUAUUUCUAGGAAAGAUCGUGUUUGCAUAGAUUGAGAGCGAUUUAGUGUGCAAUAAAACAGAGGCCCCAGCGCGCAUGGCCUUGUGAUGGAUGAAGCCGCGUGACGCUCCUCCCGCUCAGGGGCAGCACCGGUUGUCUUCUCCGGCCCCGGCCCAGUGGGCAGAUCCCUGAGGCCCCUAUAGGAGAGUUUUCUGCUCAAAAAGCUGCAGGUCAAAGCGGACCCAGACCUCCCCGGUGGGGACCUCAUGCAGCAGGAGUCGGCGGGUUGUAGGGCCUUUGCUUUCCUGUUCUGUUCGAAUUUUUGCCACUGGAACUUCAGUGCGACCCAGGAAAUCUGGUGAACAGACACGAGUGUCAAAAGUCUUCUUUAAAAAACUGUUAAAAAAACUAUCCUGGAGGGAGUGUCUGAAGCAGGAUUCAUAAAAUGUUCGCAUCCAAAACAAAUAACUCCUUUUGGUUAAUGGCUGUUGGAGACUGAGUGGAUGGAUACGUGCAGAACAAGGGGUCUGGGUGAAGGAAGCUGCCUGUGGGGACCCCAAGCCUCGCUGGUCAGGGAGUGUCUCACCCAUUCAGCAGGUGCUACGAGCACAGCGUUUCCAUCAGGUAAGCAGGGGUGACGGGGUGGGAGACUUGACACAUACCUGAGGCCGCCCACCCCUUGCCCCCGAGAAGGGGCCCCACCUGUGGCCACUGAGAGCUCUUGAGGGCCAUGGGCUGUAUCACUGCCCUUAGGCAUUCCAGACCCCGGAUCCUAGUGUGUGGGGGGACCUUCAUACCCCUCCCUGAGUUAUACUUUACCGUCUGGUGAAAACUGAUCUCUGUCGAACAUGGUAAGACAUAGCACGUCCUGAUAGAGGUCCUUAAUGAAGAACUGGCAGUUAAAAUUCCAUUUGGGAUUUAGUGUGUCCUGGAGGGUUCUGGUGGUGUAGCUCUGGGAGCCCAUGCUGAUUUCACAGUACGGAUUGCUCUUUCCUGAAUGAAAAAAACAAAAC